AUGAGUCUGCCCCUUGAUAUUGGUACUCGCCGAGCGUCUAUCGCCAAGCUAACUCUGCCCUCGCCGCGCGGCCUGUUUGGCUCCAACGCCCGCUUUUUGCGCACCAUGUCUCCGCACGAGGAUGUUCCUUCUGCCAUCAGCAGCUCGCCCGAUACAGACAGCGCGGACUUCUCCGCUGGUUUGCACGAUCCCAAACUCAUUGAGCUGGUGUCACGCCACCUCAAGAGCCACGACAAGACGUUGGACUCUGAAGGAGCAGACAUUACGCGCGAGUUGUAUCUUUUGGGCGAUGCGCCGCGCCCGACUGUCAUGCGCUCGCGCUCCUGGUCGCUGUGUGAUUCGGCCGCGCGCCGUGGGUCUCUGGCCAGCGCGCUCAAUGUUCCGGGCGGGUUCCGCCGCCACUACGUUUUGGCGCACAAGCGCGCGCCCAACUUGCUCACCAAGAACUUUGUCGAGUUCUUAAGCAUCUACGGCCACUUUGCCGGCGAGUCCUUGGAAGAUGACGUGGACGUGGCAUGCCACUUUCUGCCUGUUCCGCCGAAAGAUGCUGAUGAAAGUACAGCGCUUGUAAAAUCGGCAAAUCCUUCCGGCACCGCUUCUGAUACCAAAGCAUACUUUUUGUUGUUGAAGGCUUUUGUAGGUACAGGGGUGUUGUUCUUACCUCGUGCAUUUGCCAGUGGGGGCCUCGCCUUCUCGAUAGUGACCCUCUUGAUCUUCGGGUUGCUUUCGUUCUGGUGCUAUUUGAUUCUUGUCCAGGCUAAAACAGCCUCGGGCGUAUCGACUUUUGCCGAUAUGGGCUUGCACUGUUAUGGAGCGUGGCUACAGCGGCUCAUUUUGCUGUCAAUUGUGCUCUCGCAGGUAGGGUUUGUUGCUGCGUACAUCGUUUUUACUGCCGAGAAUCUCCGUGCUUUCGUUGCAAACGUUUCCGGCGUCCAAGGCGACAUUUUUUGGUUCAUUUUGCUCCAAGCUGCUGUGUUGGCGCCACUCAGCUUGAUCCGUGACAUUACUCGCUUAUCUUUACUGGCACUUUUUGGCAAAUGGAUUCAUUUUCGUCGGGUUGCUCACUAUCUUAUACUAUACUUUCCGUGA